AGUGCUUGUCGAGAACGUGGUGGGGCGCGAUACAGUUUGAGCGAGGCAGUGGAGAAAGUCUGAUUACUGUGGUACAGAAUGUGGAGUUGCACCCUGGCCUUUUUCAACCAAAUGGGAAGACAAGUGAGGAAAGAAUGCAGACAGCCUUUUGCACACUUGUUGUAAAUAAUGGUACCCUGUUACUGGUUAUGUGGUCAUAAGUUAUAGACCAAUAGUGCCACCUAAUAUUCAUAGGUUUUCUCAUUUUAUUCCGUGCCUUAUUGAGUCAUAUGACGUGAGUCACGAAAGAUAUGGAUCCAGCAUUGUUGAAAGAAAGGGAGCUGUUUAAGAAGCGAGCCCUUUCUACUCCUGCUGUAGAGAAACGAAAAGUCUCUGCCUCUUCAGGUUCCUCUAGUUCCAAAAAGAAGAAACUAAAGCCAGACCAAGGAAGUUCCUCAAAACAAAAUUCAGAAAAUGGAUCUUUCGCCUAUAGAACACUUCCAGGGAGUGCUGGGUACAAGUUUGGAGUGCUUGCUAAAAUAGUAAACUACAUGAAGACUCGCCACCAGCGUGGAGAUACCCAUCCACUGACACUGGAUGAAAUUCUGGAUGAGACUAAACUCCUGGAUAUCGGCAUGAGACAAAAGCAAUGGUUGAUGACUGAGGCAUUGAUAAGCAACCCCAAAAUUGAUGUGACUGAUGGAAAAUAUGCCUUUAAACCCAAAUACAACUUAAGAGAUAAAAAAGCUCUUCUGAGGCUUUUGGACAAGCAUGAUCAGCGAGGUUUGGGAGGAAUCCUCUUAGAAGAUAUAGAGGAAGGACUACCAAAUGCACAGAAAGCCAUAAAGGUAUUAGGAGACCAAAUUAUUUUUGUGACACGACCAGAUAAGAAGAAGAUUCUCUUCUAUAACGACAAGAGCUGCCAGUUCACAAUGGAUGAAGAAUUUCAGAAACUGUGGAGAAGUAUUCCAGUGGAUUCUAUGGAUGAAGAGAAGAUUGAGGAGUAUUUGAAAAAGCAGGGCAUUUCUUCAAUGCAGGAGACGGGACCAAAGAAAGUGGCAUGUGUUCAGAAGAGGAAAAAACCUGCUUCCCAGAGAAGAAAAUUCAAGACACACAAUGACCAUCUUGCAGGAAUACUAGAGGACUAUACUGAAGGAGUAGCUGGCAAAGAAUAACCAUGCUGAACGAGGAAGUAGAAAGAUAAUUGAAUAAUUAUUGAAGGUUGACUAAGUCAGCAAAAACAUGCUGCAAUUGGUACACAGCACUGGAAUACUGAGCACAACUUUUCUAACUAUUCCCUUUAGUUCAGUUACUUCAAUCUAAUGCUUUUCCAUAGUGGCUAAUUAGAGAAUUGUGUAAAACCAGAAUUACAAAGUCAUGACCAGUAGGAAUGAGGCAACAAAUUGUUUGUUUUGGUAGACUUUUGCUCAGUAAAAUGUGAUGUCUGCAUUAUAGGUUCACAGCUUUCUUUUUCUAAAUUUUAAAAUGGUUUCAGCAACUAUUGUACAAUAAAUAGUGAAUCCUUGAGAACUGUUAAACUGUUGAUGCCCAACUUUCACCAGCAUCUCUUGGAGUCAACCAGCGCCUCAGCAGCACUAUACAGAGUGGCCAGGAAAUUCUUCUCCCCCUCUGCCUCUGUAACUUUGUAGAAAUUUGGCAGUCCCCUGUUUAUACGCAUAGGUGGUAAAGCAGGCAUGAUUCUAAGGAAUUCCCAACCCAUAUACAUAUGAAUCCUUCUACGGCUGAUGGAUAAAUGCAUUUCCAUAAUAUUGUCAAAUUUUAGAAAGGAAGUAUUUGUUAAUUAAGCACACCAAAAUUAGACGACUUCCGCUCUGCUUGACGACAAUUCUAUUUUCCGAACCUUACCCCUCAACCCCUCCACCCAAGCAAGUUUUACCUUUUUGGAAAUGCAUCUUUUUAUUCUAGUAAUUAAAACCAACUUCUUUCAACACUAAUACAUUAGGUCAGAGAUUUCCUAAUUGUGGCCUAUGAGCACAGGGAACUCAGUCCUAUUUGUCUUCUGUUUCUUAUUCAUGGUUUGUCCUGGUUGAAUUUUAUGGACCUGAAGGUUUGGAAAGGACUGGUUCUUUUUGUCUAUUUUGCCUCACUGGUGGUGAAAUCUCAAACCAGAACAGCAAGAUCUGUUGGUAUUAGCGUUAUUUGCAAAUCAAUUGGAAAAUGGAAUUAAAUGGAUUGAAAUUUCAUGUGUCCACUUCAGGGCACGUGCAGAUGGUACUAAUUAUCAGGGCCCAUGGACUUCUAUUUGGACCUUGUUGUCGUUGAGUGCUGCCUCCUUAAUCUUCACUCUUCUUUCUUCAUACCUGGCUGGAGGCUGAGGGAGCGCAAGGUAAGAGAUUAAGCGCCUAGCGCUUCAACUCUCCUGGCCUUCCUCCCUCAAUGGUGUGUGGGCCCUUCCCAACCCCUUCCAGCUGUUACACUUGGUGUUAAUAUGGAGUUGCACCACAUUCCAGUCGUAGGGCAAUGCCAUUAGCGGGCAGAUUCUUACAUGUUACUGAACUCCAGGAGAACGCCCUGGAAUCCUUAGCUACAAUGGGUGCUGGAUCGGCAGGUUUUACCAGAGUCCUCAGUAACCUUCAUCUCCAAUACAGACUCUGACUUUACUUCCUCCACAGGUAGUUCUGGUUCUGAAUGCAUUCUUAUAAAAUUUCUAUAUUCCUAUGUUCCCCCCCUGACCUCAGUCUCCCUCAAUGGUGAGUGCAAACGAGUGAAAGAACCCUGAGACUGAGAGAGAACCGGACACACACACAUGAUGCCUGGCUUGCUGAGUAUUUCCAGAAUUUUCUGUUUUUAUUUCAGAUUUCCAGCAACUUUGCUCUCCUAUUAUAUGCUCCAUGCUGGGCAUUUGGAAGUAUAAUUAGUUUCAAUUUAAAAUGAGAAAACACUCAUCUCUCAAUGUAAAGAGUAAUUUUUCUGUUAACAAAUCUAACUUGUGUGGAUAGAAAUAGCACAUUAUUGCAGGUGAAUUGGUCGGUGCUAAUUUACUGGAAGGUUUUGCAAUUUUUAAACUUGGAAGCAAAACCAGGAGUCAUGCACCAAAUGAAUACGUCACUGUUAGUUCAAGAUAUUCUCAUUUGUGCAUAGGAUUGUUGUUUGCAGUGCUUAAGGUUCAAGCCUUUUUAGAUGUUGAUGUACAUGAUAUUGCAUAGGGCCAGGAUCAAAGAAGUAGAGCGGGUUGCAUAAUAUGAACAACCAAAUUGCCUGAUAAAGCCAUGGUUGUAAAGUGUAUCAUAAUGAAACCUGAGCUCUCGAUGGAUUUAUAAAUAGAGGCAUGGAGUAUAAAAGCCACGAUGUUUUGCUAAACCUAUAUAAAAUAGUUUGACCCUA